CUGUCUCUCUCUCUCUCCCUACCGAUCCAUCUCUGGCUCAUGUUAGCUCCUGUCUGCUUCAGCAACGUCUACAACCCCACCUACUCUCUACCCGUUUGUCUCUCGCUCUCUCCACCCCAUCUGAGGCGGCGUGGAAUCCUGCCUGUAUUUAAUUGCAGUGUGGCAGCCAGGCGCAACAUCUGAGGGAAAGAUCGGGAAUCACAUGGAGCCGCCGCGUCUGUCAACACUUUACGAGCCCCGACCCUGAGAGAGCGCGAGAGAGAGGUGUAGAGAGGAAGUGUUAGGAGUUUGGGAAAGUGUGAGUUGAGUCAGAAGAGAAAUUCUUCAAUGCAGUGGGAAAAACAGAGCUUGGAAGAAGGGUUUUAAGAAAGGUAUAGUGGAGGAGAAAGAGUGAAGUAAGAAAGAGUGAUACAGUAAAGCCUGCAAGUGAGCACAAUAAUUAGAAGGAGAGUUGGAGAGAGAAAAAAGAACAGGAGGGAGGGAGAAGUUGAGGCCCACCGUUGAAGAAAGGGCAACAAGCUGCGUUCGAGAAGAACAAGAAGGAGAAGUAGGAAAACAAGGGUAAGUUGGAGUAAGAGGAAGGAAGGGGGAGGUGAUUCAGAGGGAGAAUAAAAAGUUGAAGAGGGGAAGUCAAAGUGAGAGACAGUAUGUGUGAGAAAUGACUAGACUAGAGUUGCGCAGAUGAGAAAAGCAGGCGUUGUGGAUGGCCUAGGUGGAGAGACGACGAGAAUAAAAACCAGUUGUUUUGGACAGGCGGUUUUCAGACUGGUAUGCACUCUGAGAACACGGCAGCAAGACUUUCAUUCCAACCAGCUUCCUGUCACCUCUGCUUGCAGAAGGGGCCCCAACACACACGGGGCCCCGCGAACAGAUCAUGUCUGCGUAUGGAGCCUGGCGUAGCUCAGCGGACAGCCCCGUUCCUGAAGGAGAUGGGGAUUGCUGACAACAGAUCGGAGAGGACAGGAUCUCGCGGCAUGUCUCCGCCACGCCAGGUUUACAUCGAGGACAUUCGGCAUCCAUGCCUCUCCUGGUGGGACUGGCCGUUGGACUCUCCGCACACCUCUUGCGCGAGUGUGCGUGAGAUACGACAAGAAUGCGGGUGCGUCCAACGGUGGUAUUACCCGGAGUUGCCGCCGCACCAAUUCAAUGGAAGCCAUGUUCCGCCACACCUGAAGGUCAGAGGUCACUACAGGGACAGAUUGUAUGUCUCGGAACAACAGCAGCCCCAAUGGGACAACAUUAAGUUAUCCACAUACAACGGACAUUGUCCAAGGAGACAAGUGUCUUUCCAGCAUCACGACGAGCGCCAUGGUUUUAACUCUCCUGAGACCAGUAGACAAUCGAGACCAGAUAAGGCUCACUAUAAUGGACCAAACUCUGGUCAGGCAGCUUUUUUCCCAACAGAGGUGCCCCCAAGCAAAGUAGAGUGCUCCAGGGCUCAUGGGCCCACACUGAAGGUAAACAAACCAGAGCGGGAAACAGGGACAUCUGAGGUGGGCGGAGGUCCGGAGAACCAUAGCAACCAGAGGAAAAGCCAAGGAACAGUACGAGAACAGAUCAAGCAAGUGGUUACCGAGCUCGAGGACGUGCUGGGUGGUCUCAAACAGGUCCAGUUGGAGAUGAAAGAGGUAGUCCAACAGAUCGAUAUUCUGACGUCCAACAUCGACCUUAGUGAAGGGGAACCAAGUCCAUCCAAUGGACACAACAGCAGUCGGACUAGUGAUGUGGCUUUAGUUCACAACUCAAAUAAUGAACAGGAAGUGUUGCAGAGGAAUGGAGUGCACAAUGAUACUAAAACAAGCACUUCCUCUUCCUCUAUCACACACAGCCCUGUUUCUGUGGAUGUAGUUCACACUAACAGUCCUCCGCCAAUGAGAAACCAUGUGAAUCUGUCCCCUAAUCAGCAGCGAUUGGCUACCGUUGAGGAUAAAGACAGGAAUGGUAAACAGAACUCAGAAAUGCAAAAGAUAAAGAGCACGGCCAACGGCACCUGCCUUCCACACCGAACAGAUAAAGUCAAACCCGAAAAUCACAAAGGGCAACUGGAAAACUACAGACCUCCUUCAAAUAAAACCCAGCGACCUCCACCGUACCCCCAAAAUGGAGAGGUCAAAAUAAGAACAUCCCCCUACCCAGGAAAACCUAAGAUGUUCUCCACCACCAUAGUUUAAAUGGACGAAACUAAGUCGUCUGCCCAGAAAUCCUACCAUUAGCAAAGAGGACAACACACAGACAAAUACACCCAUAGAGAAAAACAUAUAGACUCACAAAUGUCACAUGCACAAUCCAGUACAGGAACAAAUAUAAUUUCGCUCACAAGGGACUUGUCCUGAAUGCGAAUUGGUGACGAACUCAGGGGACUGAUGCCACACAACUCAUCUGACUCACAUUGGAGGAGAGAACUCCAGGGACACUGGCUGUAUUUCCCAUGGAAACUCCAGAAACAUCUAAUCCCUGCUGAAAAAAACAAACAAACAACAAAAACAACAACUCCCCCCCCCCCCCCAGCUUAAACAAUGUUUUUUUGUUUUGUUUUAUCAGCAGGGUCUCUUUCUCUCUAGCUGCACUGUAUAAGCAAGUAAAACAAGUUGCUCUUCCUGACAAAACCUGUGACCUUAUAUCAGCGUCCUUUAAAGGUAGCGCAACAUAGGAAUAAGCUGCUCUUAUAUUGGAAAAAAAUAAGACUUAUAACAGAGCUUUGAGCUCGCAGAUAUAUGCAAACUAACAGUUGAAAUGUAUAAGAAGAGGAAGUGUUUUAACAUUUCUUAAAAAUAUUAUUAUUAUUAUUAUUAUUAUUAUUAUUAUUAUUGAUCAGACCAAAGAUUGAUUUGUGAUGAUUUUUGUUCAGGGAGGUUGAAGGAUCAAUAAUUCUGCUAAGCUAAAGCUAACACAUAAAACCACUUCAGAGAGUAUAUACAUGACUUUUUAUUUAAAGUGGAUGAAUACUAACACAGUAUGCAGCUGUGGACUGGAAUUAUUUAAGCAGUAUUUAAAGCCAGUAUAAGCCAUUUUAUAAACUGUUCUGGUCAUUUAGUGGCAUUUUCACCCUGUGGCCAAUAGAGGGCACUUCAGACCACAGAAAAACCAAAAGGUAAUGCCAAUAAUGACAAAUGAAUGUCUUAUAACUGUGUACAGCUCACAUGAAAUAAAACAGUAAGUGUUUAAAA